AUGUCCUUGGAAGAAGACAUGGUAGUUGAUUUUCCUAGUGAUUUUGAUUACGAGGAGGAGGAAGACGAGGAUGAUUACGAUGACUCGCCACUCUUCACACGUGAAUCUAUAUGCAGAGCGGAUUCCAAAAGAUCACCAGAUAAACAUAGAAAUGACAAAGACAAUGAAAAGAAGUUAGAAGAAAGUCGAAAGUGGUAUUUAAUAUACAAGACAACGAGAGGAAGUAUACAUGUAAAAGAAACGCGACGCCGCCGCCGGUCCUCCAUGGUGGAUAAUGUUUCUAGGUUGUCAUACUUUCAAUCCAACUUGUUCGCCACUAUAUUGGAAGACAUGUUACAACAGCUUCAUCUUUUAGGCAAAUGCAAUAUCGGGCUGCGUCUUUUAAAAGUACAGUACGAUAUGAAUGAGUUGCUCUGUGCCAAGUUCAGUGUUAAGCCAUCAAAAAUCAAAACUGAAAUAGACAAUAUAGAUGUAAAGGAUGUUGAUGGUGAACAACAUAAGCUGCUUAAACUGAUCGCUGAUAGACGAUUAUGCGGUAACGUCUUAAAGGAAACAUAUUUAGACCUAUCGCUAAACCAGAGCUUUUUUCAAUUGAGUAAACAUAUAAAAUCCGUAUUAUCUCGGGAGCAGAUCAACCAGAAGCUACUAGAAGAUGAAUCUACAAAUAAAAUAAAACGACGUGAAUUGUUGAGAAACUUACGACAUCAAAGGAAUCAUAUGAAAUCUUCUGUAUAUGAAACCAAUGCUUUCGAUUCGUCACUGCAGAGAGAGGCUCGCCAGCGGUACAUCGAUACAUGGCAAGAAGCGCGUUGUGAACAGCACACGUUUGGCAUUCAGAAUAAGGAAGCCGGCUCGUCUGGAGCGAUUGCGCAUUACCGAAGGAAAUGUGACGAAGAACAGCGCGUGCACUCUGAAGUGGAAAUGCUUGCUAACAUUCAGCUCAAUGAAACUUUGCAUCUCAUAGAAGAGGUGAUGCAAAAAUAUGAUAAGGAUAUAGAAGCAAUUGAUAUCAAACUGCAAAUAUUGAAAAAAAAAUUAGAAGAUCAAACUCAAACCAGGAUUGAAAUGGCGCAAAAGCUUGUUGACCACGAAAAAGAGAUAAGGGCAUGGCUACAGUUCAAAGAAGAACGCGAAAACCUUCGUCAGUAUCGCCUGAAAAUGACGAACGCAGCGAUAUCGGUGCAAUCGUGGUGGCGGGGUUUACUCGUCAGGCUAGAACUUGGACCAUAUAAUCCAAGAAUGAUGAAGAAGCUGGAGAAACAGAAAAAAAACAAACAGAAACAAGAGAAACAGAAGAAAAAGUGA